AGACGCCUUCCACCUGAGUGCUCCAACAGCGAUGCAAUACGAUACAGAAGGCAAAUAAUUUACUAACGAUACUGCUGUAGUCCCACGACUUCUUGAUGGACAGCACACUCUGCACUUCAUACAAGUCGUAUCAAAAAUACCGCCAGAAUCUACCGAGCUUCGGCGCUUUCUGCCGGGACGCUGCUGUUGCUCUCUCUCAGCGACCAGUUGUACAACAGCCGCUUCGACCGGUCGAAGAAAACACGAUCGAGACGAGCGUGAUCGAAAUGGGGCAUUCGUUUUCGUACAACAAGCGAAAGUUCUUCAACACGCAGAAGGAGUGGAUCGACCUUCGUCUUUCAAAGCGUAACACGCAUCGAUCGAUCCGGAUUGUAAAUGCAACGCAGCUCCGCUGCGUGCUCUGUUGUCGUUCAAAUCACGACAUUGAAAAUCGCAAUCACAGUCGCCAAGGCUUCAAGACAAGUUUCGAGUGCGACGUCUGCAAGGUCACCUUGUGUAGAGCGAAAAGAUGGGCAGGAGGGCAGUCCUGUUUCGACAAGUUCCACAACGCCCCAACACUGCCUGAUCCCUGCCAGGUUCCGGACGAAUUAAUUUCAACGAAGUCAAAUGAAAACCGAGCGCCCCCGCCAUCACGAAAGCGCUCCACGUCCCUGGACCCUCCUAAUCGCCGUACCCCAACUGUUCGUUUGGCGAACAAGGCGCGUCGCCGAUCGUUACGCCUCCAACUAGCCUGAGCGCUAUUAUCCCGGGCUGCCAGAGAUUUAUCCUUAACUUAAGGAUAAAAUCGUUUUUGCCGAAGCGUCAGCAUACCAGUUCUGCAACAAGAAUAUGAAGGCAUUAGAACGCUAGGUGUCUUAAAUCCUUGUGCUACCAGCAAGAAGACACGCUAUUUUUUCAUACUAACGUAAGAUUUUAACAAUUGUCCUUGAGGACACUUU